GUUCACUCGUUCUGAUAGGCCAUCUUUUGACAGCCUUCCAUUUUCACCAGCGCGCAGCGCGCAGUCGUGCGAUGGCGGUGCUCUGUGUCCCUCAGACACAGCGGAUCACCGAUUCACGGAAAGUGCCAAAGAUGUUGGCUCGAAGUGCCCCCUGUCAGUGUCCAUCAGUGCCAGCUGUCAGUGCUGAACAGUGCCCAUCAGUGCCACAUCAAUGCCACAUAUUAGGGCCUACCAGUGCACAUCAAUGCCACAUAUCAGUGCCCAUCUGAGCUGCCCUUCAGUGUCACCCAAUGCCAUCAGUGCCAAUCAUUGCCACCUAUCAGUGCUGCCAGUCAGUGCCGCCUAUCAGUGCGCAUCAGUGCCACCUAUCAGUGCUAGUCAGUG